GCUUGCCACGCAGGAGGUGCUUAUUUACUUUCAUCCGGGUGAGAUAUUGGAGGUGCUUGUAAGCCCCUCCGUUUUGGAUAUUCUUGCCGCCCAGUCAGGAAGAUGUGCGGUUCUCAACACGGUCACGUCAGGGUCCUCCUGCAGGUGCUUUGGGCCCAGCUGCUUUGCGGAUGGGUGUUCGGCUCGGAACUCACCUUCGAACUUCCUGACAACGCCAAGCAGUGUUUCUACGAAGAUAUAACGAUCGGCACCAAAUGCACCCUUGAAUUCCAGGUGGUGACCGGAGGACAUUACGAUGUUGACUGUCGCCUGGAAGACGCCGACGGAACUGUCCUCUACAAAGAGAUGAAAAAGCAGUAUGACAGCUUCACAUUCACGGCUGCCAAGAACGGGACCUACAAGUUCUGCUUCAGCAAUGAGUUCUCCACCUUCACGCACAAGACAGUCUACUUUGAUUUCCAAGUUGGGGAGGAUCCUCCUCUUUUCCCCAAUGAGAACAGAGUCACUGCUUUAACCCAGAUGGAAUCGGCCUGCGUCUCCAUCCACGAGGCCCUGAAGUCGGUCAUCGACUACCAGACGCACUUCCGCCUCCGGGAGGCCCAGGGCCGCAGCCGCGCGGAAGACCUCAACACGCGGGUGGCCUUCUGGUCCAUCGGGGAGGCUUUCAUCCUGCUGGUGGUCAGCAUCAGCCAAGUGGUCCUCCUGAGGAGCUUCUUCUCAGACAAGAAGACAACCACCACCCGUGUGGGAUCCUAACGACCCCCUCCGCCCCCCUAAUCUCCCACACUGGUCCACAGUCACAUACAAGAUGGACUUCGACAGACACGCCGCAGUCAGCGGAACUUCACCACAGAAUUUUUUUUUUAUAUAUAUAUUCCAUUUACUGAAUUUGUUAAUGUAAAACAAAACAUUAAGAAACACAUUAUGCAUUUUACUUUUGCUUUUGAAGACCCAAUGAAUUAUUCUAAAGGUUGUAAGUUCAGGAAACGCUACCUUAAGCACUGGAAAGGUAGCGACUUAAUUUAUUAUGUGGGUGUGUUGUUGUAUUUCUUUUUUUAUGCCACUGUUGACCUGAAUGUAUGAAAAUACUGAUAGUCUGUCUCUCUGGUCUCCAAAGUGAGACACUUACUUGAUACUUUGUUAGGUGUUAAAUAUUAGUGGUAGAAAUGUCCUACUUUUCUCUGGAAUGCAUUCAUGCUAAGUCAGCAGCCCAGGCAUGGUGACAUGGUGACUCCCCCAUUCGGUGAAAUUAUUUCACUGCUUCUACCUGUAUUGGAUUCCGUUUGAGAUAUGAGCUAAGAUUACAAAACGUGUAUUUGUAGUGUAUGCAUUUGUUCAAACUGGGAGAUGCACAUCUUCCAUGACCUUCUGUUUGGUUUUUUUUUUUUUUUUU